CCACGUUGUGCUUCAUUCACAAAUAGGCACCGUGGAUUACUCCAGCCGGAAGAGAGGCACCUUCCUCGGGCUGCUCUGACCCAGGUUGACGCAAACAAUUUUCGUCCCAACAUUCUCCCAAAAAUGAAAAUGUCCGCGGCCGAGAUCUCGCAGGUGCUCAAAGAGGGCGAGUUGGAGAAGAGGAGCGACAACCUGCUCCAGUUCUGGAAAAGGAAGACUUGCGUCCUGACCCCCGACAGCCUCAACAUGUACGCCGACACGCAAAAGCGCACCCGGGGCAAAGAGCUCAAGUUGCAGUGCAUCAAGAAGGUGGACUGCGUGGAGCGCACCGGCAAGUUCGUCUACUUCACCAUCGUCACCACGGACGACAAGGAGAUCGACUUCCGCUGCCCGGGCGAGGACAACUGCUGGAAUGCGGUGAUCACCAUGGCCCUCAUCGACUACCAGAACCGAAAGGCCAUUCAGGAUUUCAAGACCCGUCAGGACAACGAGAGCACGUCCCCGGGCCAGCAGGAGCGACGCAUGGCGAGGGCCCCGUGAGAUUCAUAUGGAUGUGUGCGUGUGGCACACACAAGAAAUAAUCAUUCAAGGACCAACCAAAAGGGAACGAUGACGUCACCGGGUCCAGAGAUGAAGGAUUGGACUGAGAUGUCACAAUGACUCUCGCAUGUCCAGCACAGAUUUUCCAAACUCCACUCACAUGGACUGAAAAGUGAAGUUUGCUCUCAUGAGAGGAAGUGGGGGGGGGGUGUGCCUAUAAAAGAAUGUCUGUUAAUUUAUUUGUUUCCAGGAUAGGGUGUCUACUGGUAAACUGCACUUGUUUAAAUUAUUUGCUUGUUUCAAAGCGUUAUGUGUUGAUGUAUUUAUUUCAAUAAAUAUACGUGCAUCUUUUUGGACAAA